GGACGAGCGAUCAACACCAUAAUGAGGACCUCCAGGAACGACGAGUACAGCUGGAAGAUCGGGAGCUGUACACGGAGCAAGUGGCGCAGUCUCUGCUGGAAUUGUUCGCGAAGCAUGCGUCUGCCCCGCCGGACCUGGAGCACGACAAGCACUUUCCCACGGAUUCUCGGGCGUUGGCGAGCCUGCGGCGACAGGCCAUCUUGAUGAAGGAGCGCCGGACCACGGUGCCCUACUACGAAAAGACGGGGCGGGACGCCACGCGGACCGACGAGGCGUACACCUACGCUGGCUUUUCCCCGUUGCGCGCCUUCAACCUGGCGGCCGACGGGAGUCGUGGGGAGGCGGCCCAUGAG